AGCAUGUUACGCAUGAUUCAUUACAGCUGACGUAACGACCAGACGUAAACAAAGAACGACAACAAAGACUCGCUGGCGCAAUUCAUUCUAUUUUUUUUAGUUUAUGUUCCUGAAUUCUUUUGAAUGUAACUUGCUGUUGGAGUUUAACUUUCAUCGGGGGAUCUUAUCAAGAGUAGAAAUGAAGAAAUCAUUGUAAAAAUGAUUCAAAAUGAUUGGAAUAACUAGCAGACUCAUACAAGCCCAACAGGCAAGCAGUCCUCCUAAACAUGUUGACAAUGAAGCGGAAAAGGCGGGAAGAGAAGCAGAAGAAGAAUUAGAAAAUCUACUUCUAUCAUCAGCAGGAUUGAAAAAUUCAGACGUUUUUCGUCGUUUACGCAUUCCAGAUAAUUUUCAAACUCAUCGUCAUGAAAUAGAUAUUGUGAUCUUAACAGGGGAAGGAAUAUAUUGCAUCGAGGUAAAAAACUAUGGCGGAGAACUAGCUCUCUGUAAGGAUGAAUCUUACUGGGAAAAGCGGAAAAAUUCUGGUAAAUUCACGUCCUCUGUUUCUCAGGUUCCUAACCCUGUUUUGUCUAUCAGAAACAAAUCUCAAAUUUUACGAAAUCAUUUAAUGAGAGCGGGAAUAUGUUUACAUGAAAGAUCUUUCUUCCCAAGAGUUGUAUUGAUGAAUAAAAACUGUAAAAUAGAUGACUUAAUAGAGAAUGAUUAUUAUGUUGUCACACAUAAAAAUUUACAAAAAUUCCUUGCCUCUUUCAAACAACCAAUAUCGACUAUGAUCACAGAUCCUUUGAUUCCAUAUUUCUUUUCUGGGAAAUUAUCUUAUUCUCAAAUUGACCAAACACGGAACGCACUUUGUCAAAUCGGAACGUGGGAUAUUAUGGAACUUCAUGGUGGUCGUCAGCUUGUAGGAGACUACAAAGGCUGUACUGAGCUUAGUUUCGACAGAUCUGAAGUUGAAAAAAUGGUUUUAGUUCACCAACGGAACACAGUUUUAUCUUCCAUGUGGGCUGUGCUUGGUUACACACCAACAGUCUCAGCGACUUUAUUCAAAAGGAAUGGGGCGGGUUGGUUCGGUCACUCAAUUGUUGGAAAUGUGGUACUUCCGUACAAUAAAGACAUCGGAUUUCAGAUCGCUGGUGAAUCACACGUAUCCAAAAUCCCAGCAAAUGAUAUUCAUUGUAUAAAAUUGAGUAAAUAAUGAACGGUUUUAGUUAGACUAUUGUAGUCUUCGAUUUUUGAUUGUCUUCCUCGUUAGUUCUGUUGCUGACAAAAACAAGUUUCUAAACUCAAUGUUUCUUUGUUCCUAGUCAGCAUUACGAUACAUGCCUCACAAAAUAGUGCAUGAUUGCCCCCAGGUAUAUUCAUGUUGAAAAUAAAUAAACACCAUUCAUACUCUAUUUAUACUCAAUUCGCCUCACAAAUGUAUAGGGUGUCCAUAAAGUCUCACAAAGUCUUAAAAUUGCAAAGGGAAUUUAUCAAUACCAUAUUAUAUUGUUUAGCCCUUCACAGAUGUAUUAAAUGAAGUAAAAAUACUUCAGCAAUUACUGAUUAAAAAACAACAAACCCGGCUAAGAUAUAUUGAGAACUGACUUCAUAACAAAUUAAAAUUGUAAAGAGACUUUAUGACACCCUGAUAUUUGAUUGCAUUUAAUCCUAAACAAUUCUAAUCCAUUCGUUAAAUUUUUCUUUAAUCUGUUUACUACGGCUGACUUUGAUUGAAAAUUCUUGAACAAAAAUUAUUGAAAAUUCUGAUUCAACAGCCCACCACGUCUUUAUAUUGCUUAAUUUCUGUACUGUACAUAGGUAUUCGUAGAUUUUUCUCAAAUUUUGUUGUAAAUAUUUUUUCUUAUCAUUUGAGUCCAACAUUUUACCUUGAUUUUAGUGAUUCCAUGAGAAUAUUAGUGUCCAUAUCGGAGAAUAUUUGAUACUACUAAACCAUCAUCAAACUAUGCGGUCUCAAGUAAGAAUAUACCAUUAAGAAGUUGAGACAGUGGUUCCCAUAUUUGAUAUGGCCCGCCGAAAUUAAGUGAAAUAAUUUAUCAUUCUAUGUUUUUCUUCUUUUUGCGUUCCAGUUACCACCAAUUGUUACGUCAUUAUCACAGUUCAAGGAUGUUUAUAUUCAAUUAUACAUAUAUUGAAUUGUACGACUGGUAUCACCUCCUUUCCUGGCCACUUCUAUGUUUGACCACGGUCAAUCAACUCUGGGAACCACUGAGUUAGGGCAUAACGAUUACCGUACUUCUGACUGCAUUGAAUUGAAUAUAAUUUCAAUCACAUAGGAGUAUUUUCUUAGUCUUCUGAAAUAAACUUAAGUAUUUUAACGUGGUAACUACCACGCCGAGUUUCGAAGGUGUGAAGUAUGACACAUGUUCUGACUUUGCAAUUCUAAUUACAAAAUGAAAUAAUCAGAGACAGCACUUUAACAUUGCUUUUCUGUUGUUUAUUAAACUUGAUUUAUACAAACGAGUUAAAAUUAAAAAAAUAUAGACCUCCCACUGUUGUAAAUCAUAGUUUUAGCUUUGAAUUUUAUUUCUCAUGUUUGGUGUAGACAGGGAAUCAGUACAUUUUGAACUGUAUAUUUUUCAUAUGCCUUCUGCACUUGUCUGUGUAUAAUACUGUGUUUUUUCAUUUGUAAACAAUUCAUUGCCAUUAAUAAGGUUGAAUUUUGUGAAUAAAAGUUGAAUCAGACUAAAAA